AUGGCAUCAAAAGCAGUUCAGAUGGUAUUUGUGGUUCUGGACGCCAUCGGGCUGAUGGGGGUCAUCGCCUGCUGUGCCCUGCCUGAAUGGAUUGUGGGACAUUAUGGUGAUCUGGAAGUUCACGGAGGUCUGUGGAUGGCGUGUGUGAAGCGGAGAACCGGACUGCAGCUGUGUGAAACGUAUGAAAGCUUCGAGCAGAUCUCACCGCCUCAUGGCUCCCGGGCCGUGACCGUCAUCAGUUGCACGCUGGGUAUUCUCAGCCUCCUCCUCCUGUUCUUUGGUUCCGACUUCACCCCAUGUGUUCAGAACCAAGACACCAAACCCAAAAUGAUCCUGGCGGCCGGAGUGGGCCUGAUACUGGCCGGCCUGCUGGUGAUCAUCCCGGUCAGCUGGCAUUCAAAUAAUAUGAGAAACAUACCAGUGUUGGUGGUGGGAGUGAUGCUGGGACCGAGCAUCUAUAUCGGCUUUGUAGCUGGUUUGAUGUUGAUGCUGACUGGAGGUCUGCUCUGCUACUUAAGCAGAUCCAGAUCCAGCAGCUCUGGAGGAGCCGCCAGCUUCUUCAGCAACAGAGUUUAAGCUAAAAAAACUUAAUGUAGAGGCUUAAUGGAAGGAACUGGUGUCCAACAGACAGUCAGACAAGUGAGAUGAUUUGGUAAAAACUGGGAAGACGACGUCAAAUUAUCAUUUCUACUUUUAACAUGUAGUGUUGGAAGACGUUCUCGGUAAAACUUUUGACUUUUCCCAGUAUUUUUC